AUGGCUUCUACUAAAGGCACACUUCACUUCGAGCGCUAUUCAUCCAUCUCUAAGAAAACUUGGUUUGAGGGAACCUCUCAGCAGAGAGAAAAUUUAUCAGCCUGCCUGGCUGCCGGACCAAUCAAGAAGAAGAAGAAGAAGAAGAAGAAGAAGAAGAAUAGUCAGGCCUUUAAGGAAGCUUUAAGACAAAGUCUGACUAUGAAUAUUAUUGUUCAAAUGAAUAUUUUCAUAAGUGAAAUUCAGAACAUCUUUGGUACCGUUAUCUUCUUUCAAUUCCUCUCGAAUUGCAUGAUCAUUUGUUUGAUUGCCUUCAAUGUAUCGCAGAUAAAUGUUUAUAUUCCGGCGGUGCUGAUCGGCAUGCUGACAUACAUGUGUUGCAUGACAUACCAAAUAUUCAUCUUCUGCUGGCAUGGUAAUGAAUUGCAUCUACAUAGUAUGCGUUUAGUCACGGCCGCAUAUUCGAACAAUUGGUUCUCCAAUACCGAAAGAUUCAAACGCAGUCUACAAAUCAUGAUGAUAAGGGCUCAUCGUCCGCUUACCUUAUGUGCCGGUAGAAUCAUGUUAUUGUCUUUAGAUACUUUUAUGCAGAUAAUGCGGAUGUCCUAUUCGAUUUUUACAGUACUUCAAGGAUCAGCUGCUUAA